GGAGCCCGGAAUUAACCGGGAGAGGGAAGAGGAUCUCGGAAUUAACCGGGAGAGGGAAGAGGAUCUCGGAAUUCUUGGGGAGCGGCACCAGGAGCGACACCGGGAGCGAGAAAAGGAUCCCGGAGUUCCCCGGGAGCGGCACCCCCGGACAGCGGAGCCCGAGCCGAGGAUCGGGAUCGGGAUCGGCUCCAUGGACACGUUCCAGUCUCCCACCCCCUCCUCCCGCCGGGACAAAGCGGAUUCCGGCCUCGCCUCCGUCACCAUCCCGGCCUCUCCCUUCAUGCAGAAGUUGGGAUUCGGCACCGGAGUCAGCGUGUACCUGAUGAAAAGGUCUCCGCAGGGAUUAUCCCGCUCUCCGUGGGCUGUGAAGAAAAUCAGUUCCAGCUGUUCCCAGAGCCAGCGGAGCCUCUUCCAGCAGAGACUCCGGGAAGAGGCCCAGAAACUCCGGAACCUGCAGCAUCCCAACAUCGUCGGGUACCGGGCCCUGAGCCGCGCUCCCGACGGCAGCCUGUGCCUGGCCAUGGAGUUCGGGGGGGAGAAAUCCCUCAACGACCUGAUCGAGGAGCGCCGGGAGCAGCGCCUGGGGCCCUUCCCGGCUCCCACCAUCCUGCACGUGGCGCUCAGCAUGGCCAGGGGCCUCCAGUACCUGCACACGGAGCAGCGGCUGCUGCACGGCGACAUCAAAUCCCCCAACGUGGUCGUGCGCGGCGCCUUCGACGCCGUCAAGAUCUGCGACGUCGGCGUGUCCCUGCCCCUGGACGAGAACCUGGCAGUGAGCGAUCCCGAGCUGUGCUACGUGGGCACGGAGCCCUGGAAGCCGCCGGAGGCGCUGGAUCCCGACGGGAUCAUCUCGGACAGAUCCGACAUUUUCCCCUUCGGCCUCACCCUGUGGGAGAUGCUGGCGCUGAACAUCCCGCACCUGCCCCUGCCCGAGAGCGGCUCCGAAGAGGAUUCCUUUUCCGAGGAAUCCUUCGACGAGGAUUCCUACUACGCGGCGCUGGGCACGCGGCCGGCGCUGCCCCCGGAGGCGCUGGAUCCGUCCCUGGAAUCCGUGCGGGAAUUGUUCGGGGCCUGCACGGCCCGGGAGCCGCGGCAGCGCCCGGCGGCCGCGCGGAUCGUGCAGGCGCUGGAGGGAAACCCGCAGCCGUGAGCGCUCCCGGAAUUCCUGCAGCCAUGGGAAUUCCCGGGAUUCCAGAGCUUUGAGCGUUCCAGGAAUUCCUGCAGCCAUGGGAAUUCCCGGAAUUCCAGCAGCCAUGAGCAUUCCCAGAAUUCCAGGGCCAUGAGCGUUCCCAGAAUUCCAGAGCCAUGAGCAUUUCCGGGAUUCCUCAUCCUUGAGCAUUCCCGGAUUUCUGGAGCUAUGAGCGUUCCCGGAAUUCUGGAGCCCUGAGCAUUCCUGGAAUUCCAGAGCUGUGAGUGUUCCCGGAAUUCCUACAGCCAGCCAUGAGCAGUCCCGGAAUUCCAGACCCCAGGCAUUCCUGGAUUUCCAGAACCCAGGCAUUCCUGGAUUUUCAGAACCCAGGUAUUCCUGGAUUUCCAGAGCCCUGAGCAUUCCCAGAAUUCUAGAGCCCUGGCAUUCCCAGGUUUCCAGAGCCCCUGAGCAUUCCUGGAAUUCCUGCAGCCCUGCACAUUCCCGGAUUUCUGGAGCCCCGACAUUCCGGAUUUCCAGCAGGACCUGGCUCCAGGAUUGGGAGGAGCCAUUCCUGGUUCUGUCCAUCCCAUUCCUUGGCUUUUGGGUUGGACUUUCCCCAAGUUUUUUAGGUCAGAUUUUCCCAAGUUUGGGGUUGGAUUUUCCCUCUUUUUUGGGCUGGAAUUUCCCAAGUUUAGGUCAGAUAUUCCCUCUUUGGAGUUGGAAUUUCCCUCUUUUUCCACUGGAAUUUUCAGGUUGAAUUCUCCCAGGUUUGGGAUUGAAUUUUCCAUUUUCUGGGUUGGAAUUUCCUCAUUUAAAGUUGAAUUUUUCCAAUUUUUUAGGGUUGGCUUUUCCCUCCAGGGUUUGGGUUUUCCCAAGUUUUUUGCUGGAUUUUCCCUUUUCUAGGUCAGAUUUUUCCCUCAUUUUCGAGUUGGAUUUUCCUUCUUUUUUUGGACUGAAACUUCCUGAGUUUUCCCAUUGGAUUUUCCCCCUCCUUGUAUUCAGUCUUCCCUCGUUGUUUGAGCUGGAUUUUCCCUGUUUUUCCCAAUUUUCAGACUGGAUUUCCUCUCUUUGGAGUUGGAAUUUGCAUUUCUCUUUGGUUGGAAUUUCCCACUUUUUCAAGUGGGAUUCUCCCAAGUUUGGGAUUGGGUUUUCCUUCUGUUUUGGGCUGGAAUUUCCCAAGUUUAGAUUGGAUUUUCCCCCUUUUUGAGUUGGAAUUUCCAUUUCUUUUUGUUUGGAAUUUCCUUCUUUUUGGAGUUGGAUUUUCCAAAGUUUUCCUUCAGGAAUGUUCCCAAUAAAUGGAUUUUCUCCUC